AUGAAGAAAACUCGUACUGAACAAUAUCAAACACAAACACAACAAAAAACAUGGGAGAGAAUGGAUUUAAUUUCCAUGGUUCCGCUUGAUAUUGAUCCAAAAAGUUCUUCUCCACCUCCAAAAUCAGCUCUGGAGCAAAAUUACAAUGUUAAAAUCAAACCAUUAUCUAAAUUUGGCAAAAUGCUAGAUUACAAUAUCAAAGCCAAUGCUCUUGAAUCUCCAGAAGCUCCACCAGAAUUUAAUCAUAAAAUUACUUCCUAUAAACCAGCAUUUAAAGUACCAGAAAGUGCAGAGCCAGAACCUGCCUCGUACAAACCUAACUUUAAUGCUGUUAAAAAAUCAAUCAUUGGUUCAAAAAUUAGAGAAAUACCAAAAGAAAACGUUAAAGAAGGAAAAACCACGCAAAACAUACUUAAUUCAUUCUCAUUAGGCUUGAGAACCUUUGAUACCACCAAAUUUACCCAUCCUGUCGCCGAACCGUUAAAUGAUAUCGAUAAAGCAAAGAUUUUCCCACCAAAAUAUACAUAUAAAUUUGAAGACCAGCCAUCAAGAAAUGAUGAUAUGUUCAAAACAAGCUUAAAUACCAAAGCUGACUUUUAUAUGGAGCCAGCUCAGCCUCCUAAAGGAAUAGAGUUCGGAAAACAAGUUGGACGCAAACAUUUUGUUAAAGCUGACGAAGGAAGAGAUUACUCAGAUCUUGCUGUUCCUCAAUUAGAUAAAUUAAAAGAAAAAGCAAUCGGAAACUUAAGUAUGAGUCACCAGUUAUCUAGAAAUUAUGUUCCACCCAAAAAUGAACGUGUUGCCUUCUUGGACUCCCUUUCUAAAGAACAGAAACAAAUGCUUGAGAGAAUUCAACCGAAAAGGUCUAGAUCCAAGGUUUUACUUCCUCCUAAGGAGACAUUUUCUCUCCAGGCAUCCAGACCAGAAGUUCUUCCUCCAAGACCUUACUCAGAGUCAAAGUUCCCAAUUGACCCUCUGAAGAGCUUGAAAUACAUAUGGCCAAAGACUCCUUCGAUAAGGAUUCCGAACUCUCCAAGAGAAGUCAAAGAUUUCUGGAAAGCUGGAAAAAAAUAA